UAGUCUGUGAGGGGCUCCCGGCCACGUGGAGGCCACGGCCGCGCUGGCGCAUGCGCCCUGCAGAUCGCUUGCCACACACGUCUCCACGGAGGGGAGUGUUGCAGAGCCUUGUCGUUCUGACCCGAGGAGCCCUGCCUCAGAGCCUUUGGCAGGUAGGUCGUGACGGGCUGGUGUCCCCAGGGUCCGCGAGUUUGGGGGGAGUGUGCGUGGCGGUCCCCCGCCCGGCGCCCGCGCACCGGGCCGGCUUUCCUCCCGGUUUUCUUCCGCUCAGACCCCGCUGACCUCCUCUUCGUCCCUUGCAGCCUGCGCCUGGGCCCCGCUUUGCGGCCCCGCGCCUCCUACGGCCCCUGUGCUCGAGCCCCCUGCGUUGGUCAUUUCCUCGCAUUGUCCCGCCCGACGGACGCCGUUCUGGGAAUGGGCUUGCACCCCUAUCCUGCUGACCACUCUAAGGAAUGAGUUGGGUCAUUCAGGGGACCACGCUGAGAUCUGGGCGGCGUCGUCCACCUAACGCCCCUCCCAUGUUCCCAUUCACGGGUGCCUCUUCUAGCUUUACAGGUCUCCACGCAUCCCCCUCACAUCUGAAGUGAGAGCCCUGGUGACUGGGAUCUGCUUUCAAAAAGGAAGAUAGGCUGGUCUCUUGGCAGAUAGUCAUGCUGUGUCAGAAGGCGUGGUACUUGGCCAAAUAUUUCUUAUUCUGUUCAUAAAUGUAUUAUAGGCACACUUUAUUCCAUUUAUGCAUGCACGUGUACACUGAGCAAAUUUAUGUUGAGCCCCACUUUGUGCAAGGCACUCUGCUAGGUGUGAUCUGGAAUAUACUAAUAAUGGUCUCUUCCAUCAAUAGACUUAUUUUUUUUUUUCUUUUAAAUUGGGUUUGUGGUGUUAAUACCAUUCAUGGCUCCCCUAGAGAUGCCCUGGUGAUGAAUCUCUGCUGUAGGUCAGGAUCGCGAUAGCAUUUUGAUAUCAUCAAUCCACCUAUAAUAAAUGAAGAUUAAUUUUACCCAAGAAUCAAAUUUUGAGUUACAUGAAUAUUUAUUUACUAAAUGUUUUUUAUUUUUGCAUGGAAGUUCCCUUUCCCUAUACCAAAUUUAUUAUUUUCUUUCCAGAAAUGUCUAAUGCAAAAGAAAGAAAACAUGCUAAGAAAAUGAGAAAUCAGCCCACCAACGUGACUUUAUCCUCUGGCUUCAUGGCUGAUAGAGCCACAAAGCACUAUAAUGGAGGUGGGAAAUCUUUCCAAGCUCAAAAACAAGAGCUUCUUCCUGGAACUUCACGACCGCGGCAUACCAAAAUGAUCCACCAUUCCCCAGUUGAUCCUGAUGUGAAUGAACAGUCUUCCUCCAAAAUAAUGUUUAAAAAAAAGGGAGGAUGGAAAGCAGGUCCUGAGGGCACCUCUCAGGAGAUUCCCAAGUAUAUAACUGCUUCUACUUUUGCUCAAGCCCGAGCUGCUGAAAUCAGUGCCAUGUUGAAAGCAGUGACCCAGAAAUCUUCUAAUUCACUGGUUUUCCAGACGCUGCCCCGGCACAUGAGACGGAGAGCCAUGAGCCACAAUGUCAAACGCCUUCCCAGGCGGUUGCAGGAAAUCGCCCAGAAAGAGGCAGAGAAAGCAGUGCACCAGAAAAAAGAACAUUCAAAAAAUAAAUGCCAUAAAGCUCGAAGAUGUCACAAAAACCGGGUGCUAGAAUUUAACCGUAGACAAAAGAAGAACAUAUGGUUAGAGACUCACAUCUGGCACGCCAAACGGUUUCACAUGGUCAAGAAGUGGGGCUACUGUCUCGGGGAGAGGCCGACAGUCAAGAGCCACAGAGCCUGCUACCGAGCCAUGACAAACCGUUGCCUUCUCCAGGAUCUAUCCUACUACUGUUGUUUGGAGCUGAAGGGCAAAGAGGAAGAAAUACUGAAGGCACUUUCUCCGAUGUGUAGCAUAGACGCAGGACUGACUUUUGCAGCAGUUCACUACUUGUCUGGAAAACGCCAAGGUAGUGUCAUACUUUACCGGGCAAAUAAAUACCCUAGAGAGAUGCUGGGGCCUGUUACGUUUAUUUGGAAGCCUGAGUGGACCCCUGGUCACACUUCUGAGAGCAGGCAGUUAUGGAUCUGGCUUCAUCCAACUCUGAAACAGGAUAUUUUAGAGGAAAUAAAAGCAGCGUGCCAGUGUAUGGAACCCAUCAAAUCAACUGUCUGUACCCCGGAGCCCCUGCUGACACCAUCGCAGGAAAAAAGCCAAACGGAACUACCUGAUGAGAGAAUUGGCAAGAAAAGAAAACGGAAAGAUGAUGGAGAAAAUGCUAAACCGGUUAAAAAAGUCAUCGGUGAUGGAACUAGAGAUCCACAUCAACCAUAUUCUUGGGUCUCUCCAGCCACGGGCGUUAUAAUCAGUGAUUUGACGAUGGAGAUGAACAGGCUCCGGUUGAUCGGUCCACUUUCCCACUCCAUCCUAACUGAGGCACUAAAAGCUGCUUCUGUCCAUACCGAGGGAGAGGACACAGAGAAGACACCUCACCAUUGGUGGAUUGAAACCUGUAAGAAUCCUGAUAGCGUUUCCCUUCAUCACAAACAAGAAGCCAUUUUUGAAUUGUUGGGAGGAAUAACAUCACCAGCAGAAAUUCCAGCCGGUACUAUUUUGGGACUGACAGUUGGGGAUCCUCGAAUAAAUUUGCCUCAAAAGAGGUCCAGAGUUUUGCCCAACCCAGAAAAAUGCCAAGAUAAUGAGAAAGUUAGACAGCUGCUUCUGGAGGGUGUGCCUGUGGACUGUGCGCAUAGCUUUAUUUGGAACCAAGCUAUCUGUAAGAAUGUCACAGAGAAUAAAAUCUCGGAUCAGGAUUUAAACCGGAAGAGAAGUGAAUUGUUGGUGCCCGGGUCACAGCUUGUUUUAGGUCCCCGUGAAUCCAAGAUACCUAUACUUUUGAUUCAACAGCCAGGAAGGGUGACUGGUGACGACCGACGAGGCUGGGGAAGUGGCUGGGAUGUCCUGCUCCCAAAGGGCUGGGGCAUGGCUUUCUGGAUUCCAUUUAUCUAUCGAGGUGCAAGAGUUGGUGGGUUAAAAGAGGCUAUGGUGCAUUCUCAGUAUAAAAGAUCUCCUGACGUCCCUGGUGAUUUCCCAGACUGCCCUGCUGGGGUUCUUUUUGCUGAAGAGCAAGCCAAGGGUCUCCUUGAAAAGUACAAAAGGCGCCCUCCUGCAAAACGGCCCAACUAUGUUAAGCUUGGCACUCUGGCACCUUUCUGCUAUCCCUGGGAGCAGUUAACUCAAGAGUGGGAAUCAAGAGUCCAGGCCCAAGAGAAAUCACCUGUAGCUUCCUCUCCACGUGGCAAGGAGAGUAACUUGAAAAGAGAGAAGGUGCCUUGUACCCCCACGCCUGAAAAAUCCGAUCAGCUGUCUGAUGAAGUGGGCAUGUCUCUGAUCAGCCCCAGCGAGCCCAGAGAAGUGAUGGACACAGAGUGUCCAGCCCAGAUGGGGACUGAGUGGGUAACAGGACCAGCUGCCACCAGCAGUCUCCUCUGCGUUCUUAGGAGUAGAAAAUCACUGAAGCAGCUGUCAGCCUGGUGUGGGCCCAGUUCUGGACCCCGUUGGGCAGCCCAGCGAGCUCCCAGCAGCGGGCAGCAAGCAUUGACCAGAGAGGCCUGCCUGUCCAUCUUGGACCGUUUCCCCAGGGCCCUGGUAUGGGUCAGCCUGUCCCUGCUGGGGAAGGGCAGCCCCGAGCCGCACACCAUGAUCUGUGUUCCAGCCAAGGAGGAUUUCCUCCAGCUCAGUCAGGAUCGGUUGUACUGUGGGCCCCACGAAUCCAAGCACAGUGACCCAUUCAAGAGCAAGAUCCGGAAACAGAAAGAGAAGAAGAAAAUAGAGAAGAGGCAGAACCGAGGGUGCACUGUGUCUGAGGGUCCGGCCGGGGCAUACCCUGCGGCUGGGCACCACACUCUGACCCUGGGCUUGUGGUCAGGCCCUCUCCCGGAUGUGACUUCUCAUUGCUCCAGAGUUCUCCUUGGCUUUGUCACCCAGGGAGAUUUCUCCAUGGCUGUGGGCUGUGGAGAAGCCCUGGGGUUUGUUAGCUUGACGGGUCUGCUGGAUAUGCUGUCCGGCCAGCCAGCCGCAGAGAGGGGCCUAGUGUUGCUGAGGGCCCCUGCCUCUUUGCAGUAUCGGUUUGCGAGAAUUGCCGUGGAGGUGUGAAUGCUGGUUUACGUCCUUGCAGGGCGUAGAUGUUAACUGUUUGCCAAGUCCCACCACUGGAGAGCUUUGUUUUUGCCAUGUUCUGUUUUAAAAUACCACGUGAAAUGCCUUGGAGACCAGAAUAAAAGAAUUCUGUAUUAUGCAUGUGAUGAAAUACUGACAUCAUUCCAUUAUUCCAAGAUCAUUGGUCUCCAUCUUUCCCUGCCCUUGCUCAACACUUUAAAAUUAUUUGCCACGUAGCUUUUAUAUUUUGGUUUCUUGGCCUGCGUAAUUCUUGCUGAAAAUAAUCAGAAGCUCUCCGUUUUCUUGUUCCUUUUUUAUAAGGAACAAAGGGCUGUCAAGUCUGUUUGAAAAGCCUUAUAGAUGUGUGAUAAGCAACAGUGGUUGUUUAAUGACUUGAUUGCUGCAGAAGAGGAAAAGGCUCUGAACAUCUGGCCUCUGUGCAUGAAAUAGGGUUCCCCCGUCUGGACCAUGUUCAAUUCCAUACCGGAACCCACAUGCCUAACGCUUUACACCAUGCAGACGGAAAUUGUGGAAAAUUUAUUGCUGCCCAUUUUCAGGCAGGCUUGGUGUAUGGCAGAGGUGUUGGGGUGGAAUCUGAAUGGGGUGCUGAUCUUUAGGACCCUUUGUUCUCUUUGCUGUUGAACAACGCAUGAUUCUAGGAGUUUCUGGAUUUUUCUGUGCUUUUUGUUUUUGCAAAGAAUUUCUCAAAAACACCAUAAAGGAUGGUUUCUCAAAAUAUGCUCUAUGAAAUGUGUUAUCUAAAAAAAGAAAAAGAUUCCGAGGUCAGAUUGAUUUGGGAAACUCUGGAUUAAACCCAGUUAAGCAAUUUCUUUUUAAAGGAUUUCUAGAACCUUCCAUGUGAUAAUGCACAUUGUGCCUCUCCAGGAAGUGGAUAACAGCUUACAGUAUUUUCUAAAUCUCUUUGAUGCCAAACUUCGUUUUGCAAGGAGCACUUUGUAGGACCAGUGUUUUUAGGAACACACUUUGGGGAAUGUGGCUGUAUACUGCAGCACUCUGCAAGGUAAUGACUUUUCUUUUUGAUGUUUAUUUAUUUUUGUGAGAGAGACAGAGUGCAAGUGGGGGAGGGGCAGAGAGAGAGGCAGACACAGAAUCUGAAGCGGGCUCCAAGCUCCGAGCUGCCAGCACAGAGCCCGACGUGGGGCUCGAACCCACGAACCACGAGAUCGUGACCUGAGCUGAAGUUGGAUGCUUAACUGACUGAGCCACCCAGGCAUCCCUGCAAGGUGAUGAUUAAAAUAACAAGCUGCUUUUAGACACUCAUGCAGUCAUGAUGUCCACCGGACGUUUGAGCAGGGUGUGAAGGUCUCAUCUUGUCCCACAGGAAGAGUAGAGUCAUUGCUUUUUUCACUUGUGGAGAAAGUAGGUGCUCAUUCACUUUUAGUAUCCACGUGUAUGUCACACCGUCAGACCCUUGUCUUCCGACCACGCAUUUCUAGCAGAGUUUGAGUGUGGUUUGUUUUUUUAACUUAAAUGUACAGUUAAGCAUUAUUUCAUGUAAAUGCGUUGGGUUUUUGCAGUAGCAUUGGUAUAAAUGCCUUUGGGGGUGAUGAGUUGGGGAGAGAGACAGCAAGUGUUACAGUAGCUAAUGAAAUGUCUGAUGUUUCUCCUCUCGCCAUGCCUCUGGAUGUAUUUGUAUCCAACCCAAAUGAGACUGAAAAAAAUAGUGUAACUUAGGGGUGUCUGUAAACAGAAUAAAUUAAAGUGUCACCUGAUGUUCCAUUGUGAACGUUUAUUGGACCAUUCCUCAAUUUGUUUUCUAGGCUCUGAGCCACUUCAUCUGUGGCUUAGCUCUCUGGAUGACAGAAGUCUGAGCGUGCUGUGAAUCACCUGACCUCAUUCUGUGCAGCGCCCUGCCUGGGGCCUGCUGCCUGCGUCAUGAACAGGGCAGUUAACUCUGUUUUGUGGUAGAAGGUCAAAGAACUAGGUGCUGAAAGGAUAGACUAGCAUUUCCCAAAAUCUGUUCGUGGGAGCUCUGGCCCCUGGAGAUGUUUCCUGGAAAAAUGUGAUGGCUAAAUAAAUUGGGGAAAAGCUGUAUUCCGUAUUCUCCUAUUGAAGAUUCACAAUGAAGGAGUGUACUCAAGGCCCUGCAGAUACCUGCAGGAAGGAAACUCUCUCACAGACCCGCCCCCCCCCUUUUUGUGUUUUUUUUUUAUGCCUAUUGUCCAGAGAAGACUAGUUUCAUAGAUUAUAGUUUGCAAAACACUGAUAAAAUAUGCACAUAUUCAGUGAAGGAUGCAUUUCUUCUAUGAAAAAGACAUAGGAAUGGUCUUAUUCUCUACAACAGUAGAAUGAAUAAACGUGUUUAUUUUGAUCCUACGAGUGCUACAGAGCUACCAAAAAAGUAGUGUGGCUCCUGGCCUCUUGUCAUGGGGGCAGAGUCUUCAGAGUUUGCAAAAUCAGGAAGUGUCCUAAAAAGCAGAGUUGUGAGCUGAACGCCUGGAGACCAGCUACUCACUUCCUGAGUUGUGUGAGAAACAACUGAUUCUGUAGGAUCAUGCUCAGCUUUUACAUAAGUAAUAUUUUUACAUUAAUACAUAUUCAUCAUCGAAAACUUAGAAAAAAAAAGAAAACUUAGAACAUGCAGAUAAGCAACAACAACAAACUUAAAAUCACCUGGAUUUUCACCACCCAGAUGUAACCACUGUUACCUUUCUGGUACAUAUCCUUCCAGGCCUUGAGGCGUGUGUCUGUAGUUUUCUUUUCGGUAAAAUAAAAGAGCUUCAUGGGGCACUUGGAUGUCUCCGUUGGCUAAGCGUCUCUUGAUUUUGGCUCAGGUCGUGAUCUCACAGUUCGUGAGUUCGACCCUUGCAUUGGGCUCUGUGCUGACAGUGCAGAGCCUGCUUUGGAUUCU